UCAUCAUAAUGGGAAGGCUAAUCGUAACACUGCUCGUGCUGUGCGCCGCGGCGACGACGUGCGCCGCGGCGCUUCGCGGGCACGACCCCCGGCGAGCCAUGCGCGGCCGCCUCCUCGCCGACGGCGGCGGCGCGGUCGUGCCGUUCCACUGGUCCCCCGAGCUCUACAACGUGGCGAACUUCACCAUCGGCACGCCGCCGCAGGCCGCGUCGGCGUUCAUCGAUCUCACCGGCGAGCUCGUCUGGACGCAGUGCUCGCAGUGCAUCCACUGCUUCAAGCAGGACCUGCCCGUGUUCGUCCCGAACGCGUCGUCCACCUUCAAGCCGGAGCCGUGCGGCACCGACGUCUGCAAGUCCAUCCCGACGCCCAAGUGCGCCAGCGACGUGUGCGCCUACGACGGGGUCACCGGGCUGGGCGGGCACACCGUCGGCAUCGUCGCCACUGACACGUUCGCCAUCGGGACGGCGGCGCCGGCGAGCCUCGGCUUCGGGUGCGUCGUGGCGAGCGACAUCGACACCAUGGGCGGGCCUUCCGGGUUCAUCGGGUUAGGGAGGACGCCGUGGUCGCUCGUCGCGCAGAUGAAGCUCACCAGGUUCUCCUACUGCCUGGCGCCACACGACACCGGGAAGAACAGCCGGCUGUUCCUCGGCGCCUCCGCCAAACUGGCCGGCGGCGGCGCCUGGACGCCGUUCGUCAAGACCUCUCCCAACGAUGGCAUGAGCCAAUAUUAUCCGAUCGAGUUGGAGGAGAUCAAGGCCGGCGACGCGACGAUCACGAUGCCUCGGGGCCGCAACACCGUCCUGGUCCAGACCGCCGUCGUGCGGGUCAGCUUGCUGGUCGACAGCGUGUACCAGGAAUUCAAGAAGGCGGUGAUGGCUUCCGUCGGCGCCGCGCCGACGGCGACGCCGGUGGGGGCGCCCUUCGAGGUCUGCUUCCCGAAGGCGGGGGUCAGCGGCGCGCCGGACCUCGUGUUCACGUUCCAGGCCGGCGCCGCGCUGACGGUGCCGCCGGCGAACUACCUGUUCGACGUUGGGAACGACACGGUUUGCUUGUCGGUGAUGAGCAUCGCGCUGCUGAACAUCACGGCGUUGGACGGGCUGAACAUCCUGGGAAGCUUUCAGCAGGAGAACGUCCAUCUCCUCUUCGACCUCGACAAGGACAUGCUCUCCUUCGAGCCUGCAGACUGCAGCUCACUCUCCUAACUAACAUUGGCUGCAGCCUGUGCAGUUUGUGCGUCAGCUUGGCUGUAUAUGUUUGUGUGGUUGUCAGGUGUGUACAACUCGCAUGUUUAUAGCCAUAAUAACGCAGCUAGCUAGGCAGCAUGCAUGCAUGUGUGCUGCGACAUGCUUUGCUUUGCUCUCCCAGUGUCUACGCAUUUUCCUUCGUGAACCUGCGUGCUUGUGUGUGGCAUCCUAGUGUGAUAUGU